CCGCAACGCUGCGGCCAUUUUGUUAGAAGUGUGCUUGAGAUUGGCUCGGGAGUUGAAAUUCGGUCGGUAUUUUAUUCGUAUUUUCCGUGCGUGAAUACUACCGUAAUCGCACGAACCGGUCCUCGCGUUUUUUAGUGCAAGUGUACACUCUGUGUUCCGGUGAAAAGCAAAAAAGUGGCAAGAUUUAGCAGAUCGAUCGAGUAGUAGCAAAGAGUGAAAAUAACAGGAUGGAGGACAAGGCGACACUCAAAGAUUUGGACCAAUGGAUCGAACAACUGAACGAGUGCAAACAACUGACCGAAACUCAAGUGAAAACCCUGUGUGAUAAGGCGAAGGAAAUACUGGCCAAGGAGUCAAAUGUUCAAGAAGUCAAAUGUCCGGUAACAGUUUGUGGCGAUGUGCACGGCCAGUUUCACGACUUGAUGGAGCUUUUUAGGAUAGGCGGACGAUCACCGGAUACCAACUAUUUGUUCAUGGGUGACUACGUUGAUCGUGGUUAUUAUUCAGUCGAGACAGUGACGCUACUAGUGGCACUGAAGGUCCGAUAUCGUGAGAGAAUCACGAUUCUCCGUGGUAACCACGAGUCCCGCCAGAUUACGCAGGUGUACGGCUUCUACGACGAGUGUUUACGGAAAUAUGGUAACCCGAAUGUUUGGAAAUAUUUCACGGACCUCUUCGAUUAUCUCCCUCUCACGGCUCUGGUUGACGGCCAAAUCUUCUGUUUGCAUGGCGGUCUCAGUCCCUCGAUCGAUACGCUAGAUCACAUUCGAGCGUUAGACAGAUUGCAGGAAGUGCCACACGAGGGUCCGAUGUGUGAUCUGCUCUGGUCCGAUCCCGAUGACCGAGGCGGUUGGGGUAUAUCGCCACGCGGUGCCGGUUACACCUUCGGACAGGAUAUAUCAGAAUUGUUCAAUCACUCAAACGGUCUGACGCUGGUAUCUCGGGCACAUCAGCUUGUCAUGGAAGGGUACAAUUGGUGCCACGAUCGUAAUGUUGUUACAAUAUUCUCUGCACCAAACUACUGUUAUCGUUGUGGUAACCAGGCAGCAUUAAUGGAAUUAGACGAUGCACUGAAGUUUUCAUUCCUACAAUUUGAUCCAGCUCCACGUCGCGGUGAGCCACACGUGACCAGAAGAACACCGGACUAUUUCCUUUAAGAAUAUCAUUAUAACGAAUAUUGUAAUACACACUACAAAUUAAACAACAAAAUAAUAUACCUAAUAAUAAAAAAUAUAAAUAAUAAUUAUAAGCAUAUAUUAUUAUUUAAAAAAAACAACAAAAAAGGAAAAAACAGCAAAAAGUUUGUUAAACUUGCAAAAGCAGAGGAAAGCGUAAAUCGUAUUUCACGCAAAAACUACUUAGAACACAAGGGAUAAAGUUGGAAACCAUUAAGCAGCAGACAGAAAACUUAGCCUGAAAGUAAUUAUACAUCCCAUUGGCUACUCACAGAUCAGGCUCCAGACACAUUUAUUGGUGGAGAUAAAAUAGUUAAACAGUUUACUAGAACAUACCGCAGAAGAGCAGAAAAAGUGCAUAUACUCGUUCAUAAACUCACACAUCAUCACUCAUACCCACACAGGCUCAUUUCCAUACCUUCGAGAAGCUAGCACAUUUUAACUAUUUGCCAUACCACGUCGAUACCAACCUAGUUGAAUUUUCGCACUCACAUUCAUAACUCGCGUAGAAUCAUGUCUCCUAUGUCGUAGUCAUCAUUAGGUCCGCUUAGAUACCAGAGAGCAGAUACAUUCAGCAGAUGCUUUGUGUCAUAAUGAAUAACAUUUAUUUAAUGGGAUGCAAUAUUAGGCCGCGAAAAAAUGCAGAAAAUUAACAUUUGUACUGAGCGCUAGACACUCAUUUUUGAGAGAUUGUAUCGGCAUGUUUGUAGCAGGAGAAAGAAAUCUUUCUCUAGACGUUUCCCCCAGAUAUACAGUCGGAAAAGGAUGAUUAAACUCAAUCAAGUGUAUUCACUAUUGUAAUGAUCAAAGAUCAAAUACAAUGAAUGUCAGCAUGUAAAGGUUUAGAAACUUUUCGUGCACUUUCCAAAACCGCAGCAAACAUUGUAAUGCUUUAAUAAAUUUGGUAACGGAUAUACAUACUAGCAAAAUAUAAUAAUGAUACAUUGUCCCAACACUUUUCGCUAGUUUACUAAUGGAUCAAUCGAUUUUAUUUACUCUGGACAUAUAUGUAAGGUUCUAACAAAUAAGGAAUUUUAGGAUUAAGGUGAUACACAAAGUGAUGGCUGAUGUGCAGUAGCCGGAAGUCUAACUUAGUACGCGGUAUACUGUAUUUGUUUGGAUAUUAUACCGUACGGCCGAAAAGUAAAGCUGGAAUCGUUUCUGUUUGGAUAAUGAACUGGACAUUUGGGGGAUCUCUGAUACCGCGAGUGUGAGCUGAAGAAGGAGACAGCUUGCUGUUGCAGUCCUGAUGUGGUAGUUAGAGGUUGUUAGAUUCUUCUUACUUUGUUUAAUAGAGAAAGAUUUCAUUUCUCCCAAAGACAGCGCUAUAGUUGUUUUCUAUUGAAAUUACUCUAAUCCAGCUGUGGUCAUGAAUCAAGAGACUCUUUGAAUGCUUAACAGAAGCCAAAAUCUAAUGAGCUAAGAAGACGCGAAGGAGAAAUGCAGACACAAUUUGUAUUACUUAUUACUACUAGCAAUUGCGAGAGUAUGUUUUUUGUUUGAUGCUGUGGGAGAAAGGAAGGGGUAGCAGUGAAAUGCAUAACACAAUUCAGUCGGGCGUUGAAAAGGCAGUGGAAUGAAUGGGAGAUCAAUAAAUUUACGUUUUAAUAAACGAAAAGUAAA